CCUUUCAAUAGGAGCCAUGUAGAAACUCUCCAGCCCUAUAGAAUCAUGUGGCAGAAGGAUUCCUUUGAUAGGAAUGAGAGCCUGUUACUGUAAAGAGAACUUUGUCCAAUUAUUAAAUAAGUACACAUCUGGAGUUCAGCAUGUCUCCGAGAAUUUGGGUGGUAGCUUCCUUUGUUGACCAAGGCUUCAAUGACUGUUAAAACAUGCAUGUCAGAAACCAGUAGUGGGGAGAUACCAUUUGCUAACCCGGAACUGAUUAAAACUUCGGGGUUGGGGCUAUUCCUAGUUACUAAGGGGUUGCCAAGCCACACAGUUCCUGCUACUGUGUUUACUGUGGAGAGUAUAGAGUGAACGUUUGUCUGUCCUUUCAUUGCCACUAGGAUCUCUGCAGCUGCUGUUGGUGAGCAAAGGGGACGUCAACAGAUAGGGAAGCGCGCUAAUUGGAGAAGUUAGCAAUAUCAUCUGUUUUGAUCACUGUUCCUGAUUGUGACAUUGUCCAACCAUUAAAUUGUGCCUUUUAUUCCUUGAAGAAAGAGGUGAAUUGAUGUGUGCAGAAUCCUGGUUAUUUUGAAGAUGUCUCAAGAAAAUACUGCUUCCUGUUUAAAUUACAAGUAACAUUGAGAAUUUUCAGAGCAAAAGAAACUGGGAUUUUUAAAUCAUGCCAUCUGAAGAGAACAAGUUAUUUUGUGAUGAAAAAGAAACUACUUUAGAAUAUGGUACAAAAAAUCUCAUUGUUGAUACUAUUAGAUCAGUACCUAAACCAAAAAUUUCAGGAAGUAGUUUUCAUUAUGAACUAAAAAAUGUGAAAAUUGACUUGCCGAAGGUAAAUAUUCCAAAUGAAGUUCUAAUGAAACAUGAAGUUAAUAAAUACAGAAAAUUAUUUUGUAGCAAACCACAGACUGCAAGAAAAUCUAUCAGUAUAAAGACUGUAAGCUGUACAGAAGAAUGUACAUUGCUUCAGAAGUCUGAGAGAGCCGAAGAAGAAGGUAUAAAAAUGUCUGCAAAAAUACUCAAUUUCAGCUGUUUAAAAUGUGGAGAUAACACACGAUACAGCCCAAAUGAUUUGCAGAAACACUUUCAAAUGUGGCACCAUGGUGAAUUACCUUCAUAUCCUUGUGAAAUGUGCAGUUUUUCAGCAAAUGACUUCCAGAUAUUUAAACAACACCGCCAAACCCACAGAAGCACUUUAGUAAAAUGUGACAUUUGUAACAGUGAGUGUGUAUAUACUUUACUGGACUUGACAAAACAUUUCAUAUCCACACACUGUGUUAAUGGUAAUUUCCAAUGUGAAAAGUGUAUAUUCUCCACCCAGGACGUUGGCACAUUUGUUCAGCACAUUCACAGACAUAAUGAAAUUCAUUAUAGAUGUAGUAAGUGCCAUCAUGUAUGUUUUACCAAAGGAGAGCUUCAGAAGCAUCUUCAUGUUCAUUCUGCUACUCUUCCUUUCCCUUGUCAAUAUUGUAGCUAUGGUGCCACCAGGAAAGAUCAUCUGGUAAGACAUGUUAUAACUUUUCACAAGGAACACUUAUACGCAAAAGAAAAAAUGGAGAAAGAUAAAUAUGAAAACAGGAUGGCAAAGACUUCAGCAGGACUUAAGCUAAUACUGAAAAGAUAUAAAAUAGGUGCAUCAAGGAAGGCAUUCUGGAUACGUAAGAAAAUUAACAGUGGAAGUGACAGAAGUAUUGACAAAAACACUCAAGUGCUGAAUUUAAUAAACAGUACACAGAUUAAAUCUGAAGACCAGAGCCAUGUUGGUCAAGAGCAUUUAAAUGAAGAAAAAAGUGAGAGACCACAUUGUGAGAAUAGUGAUACGCCCACAGAGUCAGAGUCAGAAAAGCCAGCCUUUCUAGACAGUGGGCAGUGUAAUAGAGCUGAUGAGGGAUCAAAUUCUACUUCAGAUUGCUUGAAGACUGCUGUACAAGGACCUACAGUGUUAAUGGUGAAAAAUAAUAAAAUAAGAAUUCCUGCUAACUAUAGUGCUAAGUUUAUGGGCUUCAGGUUGGUGGAUGGAAGGCAGCAUAUUGUAAUAAAAUUGUUGCCUACCAAUAAGCAGAAUUUAUACUUACCAGUCUCACAGUCAGAUGCUGCAAAGGACAGUACUGCUAAUUUGCAGCCCCAGACUUUGGAUACCACUGGAUUUUUAACAGGAGUGACAACUGAUCUAAAUGACACAGUUUAUAUGAAAACAACUCCAUUUUCAUGUUCAUCUCCUAUACUUUCGGGGAAAAUAAUCUCAGAAAAAGAAUUGGCUUUGAUAACUGAAAGGAAUAAUAUGCUUCAAACAGUGGAUUACAGUAAAACUGUGUCUUCUCUGCCAGCAUCGUCAGAACUGGUUACCACAUCAGUGAGUUUGACCACAAAAGUUGAAGCAAGAGAUAUUGUUGACUUAUGGGGGAAUCAUAUCAUUCAGCCUCAUCCUGAGGUAUUGAAUACCAUCAAUAAAAGUCCAGAUAAAGUCAACCAUACUGCCAAACCAAGUGUAUACAGCAGUGGAGAUAUGCAUAACUAUUGCAUUAAUUAUGUCAACUCUGAGAUACGUGUUGAUUCCUCCAAUCAAGGAUCAUUACCUUUCCAUAAUUACUCAAAAGUGAAUAACUCUAAUAAACGUCGUAGACUUUCAGGAACACCAUUGUGUGAAAGCUUUCAGAGAGAAUCUUCGUCAAGCAGAACAGCUGCUCAACAACCAAUUAGUGAGACAGUUUUAUCACUCGUGAGGAAGGAGAGCUCAAACCCAGAUAGCCUAUUAGCAUCUGCCAGCCUUUUAAAUGAUAAAGAUGGAACUUCAAAAAUGAAAGCUGAAAUGGAAGAGCAGUGUGUUUUAGAAAAAGGGCAAAAUACUGAUGGACAAAACCUCUAUACCAAUGAAACCCAAAAUUUAGAGAGUGUGAUUGAAAAACCAAAAUGGAAUGACUUUUCUAAUGUUGAUUCAUUUAUGAUGCCUAGGAUCACAUCUGUUUUCUCUCUCCAGAGCCAACAGGCAUCAGAGUUUUUGCCACCUGAGGUAAACAAAUUUCUUCAGGAGGAAUUAAAACCAAAAUAUGUAAAAGAAGACUCUAAAAUUCCAAGUAAAAGCCUGACACUUCAUUGUGACCAGUCGCUUCAGAAACAUGAGGGAGAAGGAACAGUAGUUGAAUCAUCAAAAGAUAUCAAACUGGAGAGUGUCUUCCCAGUUCCAUCGGGCAGUGUUGGUGGUAGUGUGGCUACAAAUGAUCUAAAUUCAAAAUUUAAUGGAAAAGAGAAACAAGUGCUGUCAGUUUCACAGGAGAUGAGAGAUUCAGAGAAGACAUCUAAAAUUUCAGGUAUUAGCACAUUACUUAAGACUCAGUCAGAUGCAAUAAUAACACAGCAACUUGUAAAGGACAAACUACGAGCCACUACACAAAAUUCAGGUUCUUUAUAUAUGCAGAAUCCACUUCUAAACUCAGAACAGAAAAAAACUAUAUUUGUUCAAACUCCAAAAGGUUUUUUUAUACCAUUGCAUGUCGCUAAUAAGCCUGGAUUACAUCUUGUUUCAGGAAGACCACUUUCACUGGUUAAUGCACAGGGUGUGCCUGCUUCUCUUCUUUUAAACAAGAAACCUGGGAUUAUUUUGACAUUUAAUAAUAGGAAACCUGAAGGUGGUUCCACUGUCAAAACUGAGAGUGUACCAGCUUGUGCAAUUACGACUAAGGAGCCUUGCAAAACACCUUUUUUAAAGGUAGAACAAAACAGUAAUUGUCUUACACCUGCAUUUUGUUCCAGCAUUGGCAGUUGUUUGAGCAUGAAAAGUAGCUCAGAAAGUACAUUCCCGUUAAAAGGCUCUAAUGUUACUAAACCUUCAAAUCCUUCAGCGAAAGCUGUCCCUACUAAUGUAUUGUCUGAGCAGCAGGGCACAAAGUUGAAUAUCUCGGAUUCAGUAAAACAGCAGAAUGAAAAUUUUCCAAAAUCUCCUCUUUAUACCCUUUUGCCUGAUGGCAAACAAGCUGUUUUGUUGAAGUGUGUGAUGCCAAAUAAUACUGAGCUGCUUAAGCCCAAGUUCGUCCAAAAUAGUACUUACUAUCAAAAUAUACAGCCAAAGAGACCGGAAGGAACACCACAAAAGAUACUGCUGAAAAUUUUUAACCCUGUUUUAAAUGUUACUGCUGCUAAUAAUAUGCCAGUUAGCAGCUCUGUAUCCUCAUUUCAGAAAGACAGUGUACCUUCUAAUCAGACUACAGAGCAGAAAGAGCCGGAAUCUUCUAGAGAUGCCUUACCCUUCUUAGUAGAUGAUUUGAUGCCAGCAAAUGAAAUUGUUGUAGCUUCUACUGCAACAUGCCCAGAAUCUUCUGAGGAACCAGUACAUAUCAGUGAUCAUUCAGAAGCCAGAGUAUUACGGUGUAAAACAAAUUGUACAGCUGAGAGAAAUUUCAAUAGAAGAACUUCCAAAAGAAAUUUUUCAAAAAUAAAAACUCAGGUAAGAAGCAAUGAUUCAGAAGCUGCCUUUGUAUCUAGAAACCGAAACUGUAAACGGAAGUGUAAGGAUAGUUACCAAGAACCUGCAAGAAAAAAAUCCACGUUGCAUAGGAAGUGUAAAGAAAAGGCUAAAGCUGAGGAUGGACAUGAAACAUUGGGAUUUAGCAAACCUAGGCUUUCCAAAGAUUCAGUCAGAAUUUUGCGACUUUUCCCUUUUUGCUCCACGCAGCUUGUGAAAUGUCCUAGGAAAAACCAACCUGUUGUGGUUUUGAACCAUCCUGAUGCAGAUGCACCAGAAGUAGCAAAUGUAAUGAAAACUGUCACUAAAUUUAAUGGACACAUAGUUAAGGUUUCAUUGUCAAGAAGAACUGUAAGUGCUUUACAGGAACCAGUUUGUUAUAACCCAUCUAAAGCAAUUUAUGAUGAUCUUUCCAAGAGGCAUAAAACAAUUAAACCUGUUAGUUCUGUGAAAGAAAGAUUUGUGCUAAAACUAACACUCAAAAAGACAAGCAAAAACAAUUACCAGAUUGUGAAAACUACCUCUGAAAAUGUUUUGAAAGCUAGGUUUAACUGUUGGUUUUGUGGUAGAGUAUUUGACAAUCAGGAUGCUUGGGCUGGUCAUGGGCAGAGACAUUUAAUGGAAGCUACUCGGGAUUGGAAUAUGUUAGAAUAAUUCACCAAAAUUAUCAAGGAGAAAUAAAAUUAGAAGGAAACAGUGGAUUGAGUUAACAUGAUCUGGACAUUUUCUACUCAGAAUAGUUCCUGCAAUAUUUUUAAGAAGUUUGUUCUAUUUCCAUGGAAUAGCAAAAACUUUAUGUGUGGUACUUGAAAAUGCCAUCAUUACACACAUAAGUUUUGAAAAAACAUCAGUCAGAUGGAUCUUGAUUUAAUUUCUUAAAGAUAUAUUUGUGGGAAUU